AUGGCGGAAGGUCGAGGAGGAGGAGGAGAUGAGAUGAUGGUGACACGAAAGAUGAAUGAAUCGGGGCUGGCUGUCCCAGGGCAGGAAGGAAAAGCUGCUGCUGCUGCUGCUGCUCACAGGCCUACUCGUACGGGGUAUGAUGUCUGCAAGCAACAGGUAGUCGAGCACAGUACGAGUACUUGGACGAUUGAUAGGAAUGAGAUUGGCUGCCCGGGCGUGGCGGAUUGUUGCUGGUCUACAUACGAUGAGUGGAGACACAGGAUGAUGUUGUGGAUGUGGAUGUGGAUGUGGAUGAGAAGAUGUGAUCGUCGGAGUGGUGGACCUGGACCUUGGGUCAUUGGAGACGUUAUUGUUCUUCAAUGCCCUGGAAGCCUCACACCUUAA